UGAACUAUCUGCCUUGACUUGAAAAUUUGGUUUCUCUGUUAGAACUGGAAGAGAUUUUUAACAUGAAGUUCUUCUCAACUUCUCUCUGCUUUGGACUCCUGGCUUUGUUGUCUGUGACGACCCUUUUACAUUCUGUACGUGGACGGCCGCAUCUGAGCUCAGGACAUGAGUUAUUUCCAGCUGAAGAACACACGACUCAGGAGAAACUACCGCUGGGUCUGCUGAUCCGAAACCCUGGUUUCCAGAGGCCCGCCCAUGCUGGUGUAGAUUUGCCCAGCAAAGUGGAAGAACUUAGACAGCUAAAGAAGCUGAGAGAAUGGUUUAUGGAGGCAAAGAGUGCUGAGCCGUCCAAUGCUUUAGACAAGCUAUCCUCUUCCCACCCUAUUAAACGAGCUUGCUUUUGGAAAUACUGUGUCUGAGACUUUUCUGAAUAUACCGAAGAAAGGGACACCAAAAAAUUACAUGUGUAUACACGUAUAUUAUGCACAAUAUAUGUAUACAUAUAUACAUAUUGAAGUUUACGUUUGCUUCAAGUGUUAAGAAACUGGCCUUUGUUCUGCACAUCACUUUCUCAUGCUGUGAGCCUGCGCCCGCCUGCUUCUGGCUUGCUGUAUGCUUGUAUGGUGAACAGUGACACUGGCUGAACUCUGGAAUGGAACUGAGAACUGCGUAUCAAAAUGGCUUUGGUGCCGAAACUGGGUGGUUUGAUCUGUUGUAUGCUCGCCUGAAGUCUGCCAUCCUCUCUCA